CACUUCUACAUGCACGACACAAAUCUAAAAACACGUCAAACACGCUUUCAGAAUAUCAAUUAUGUUUUGUAUUAGGAUUUUUUGGGUUGAAUAUUUCAUAAUAUACUAGUUUAUCAGACAGGUUUCACUUAAUUUUAGUCACAGUUGUUUAGUGCUCAGGUUCAGUUGCAAAUACAACAUCAAAGGAAACACUUAAAUGUUAUACAAUGGCGGUUGUUCCUUUAUCAAAAAAAAGCAAACAUUUGGAGUUCACUCUUCAUGGAACUAAGCAAAUAGUUGAUACUAAAGACCUUAAACCGGAAACGACUCUCAAUGAAUACAUUCGCGAUUAUUUACACCUCACCGGCACAAAAUUCAUGUGCCGUGAGGGUGGAUGUGGUGUGUGCAUUGUUUCCGUCACUGCGAAGAAUCCACGAACAGGCGUUAAGGAAACAUUUGCAGUAAAUUCUUGUUUGGUUCCCAUUUUAUCCUGCGCUGGUUGGGACGUCACCACCUCUGAAGGCCUGGGCAAUCGUAUCGACGGCUUACAUCCGAUUCAACAAAAAAUAAUUCAAUUCAACGGUACCCAAUGCGGGUUUUGUACGUCUGGUAUGGUGAUGAAUAUGUAUGCUCUACAAGAAUCUGGAAAAAUGACUAUGGCUGAGAUAGAAAACUCUUUCGCGGGAAACAUUUGUCGUUGUACCGGCUACAGACCCAUUUUAUCCGCGUUUAAAUCAAUGGCAACCGACGCCGAUUCUAAGAUCUUAGGGGUUAUUCCAGACAUUGAAGAAUUGAAACUCUGCAAAAAGGAAAACUGCAAAAAGACAUGUCUUACUCCAUGUCAAGAACCGGAAACACCUCUUGUUUAUGAAUUGAAGCAGAAUUCAAAUGCACCAUAUGCUUCAAACUGGUUCAAGGUAUCUACGAUUAAAGAAAUUUAUGAUAUUUGGAAGGUAAAUGAAGAAAAAGACUAUAAAUUGGUUGCUGGUAAUACCGGAAAAGGUGUUUACUGGGACAUGGAAACAGCUAAUUACUAUAUUGAUAUCCGGGGAGUUGCUGAAUUACGAUCCAUCUCUCAUUGCACUAAUAAACUUGUUCUUGGAGGAAAUGUGACACUUACAGAGAUGAUGGAAACUUUUAACCAAGUUGGUAACAGCGAUGAGAGUUUUAAACAUCUUUUGAAAGCUGCUGCGCACUUAGAUCUGGUAGCAACCGUGCCAAUCCGCAAUAUUGGUACAAUUGCUGGCAAUCUAGCAAUGAAGUAUAAACACAAUGAGUUCCCAUCGGACAUCUUUCUACUUCUUGAAGCAAUGAAAGCUAAACUUGUUUUAGGAUACAGUGAUAAUGAGUUAAUCGUUACACCCCACGAUUACCUUAAUCAUAACAUGUACCAAAGGCUUAUCCUUCGAAUUGAAAUUCCCGCCCUCGAUGCAAACUACAAGUUUGAAUCUUAUAAAAUCAUGCCAAAAUCUCAAAAUGCACACGCGCAUGUCAACGCUGCAUUCCUCUUCAAGCUUACUAAUGAUAAUAUUGUUGAGGAAGCUAACAUUUGCUUUGGUGGUAUUAAUCCUAAUUUUGUACAUGCAACUUCUGCACAAACAUACAUCACUGGCAAACAACUUUUUAACAAUGGGAACAUGCAGACACUCUUUGACAAACUCAACGCUGAACUUGUUCCUGACUAUCAGCUUCCUGAUCCUACACCGGAGUUCCGCAAAUCUUUAGCUAUUGCUUUAACAUACAAGUGUAUAUUGUCAAUGGCUCCUGAAUCCAUUAUAACAACAAUUAAUAAAACUGGAGGAGAAAAAUUGGUAAGACCUGCGAUCUCCAUGGGAACUCAAGAUUAUAAAACGAAUGAAUCAAUGUAUCCAAUUGGAAAACCUGUUAAUAAGUAUGAAGCAACUGAUCAGGUCAGUGGCGCAACCAAAUAUAUAAUGGAUUAUCCUGAUUUACCAAAUCAAGUAUACGCUGCAUUCAUAAUGGCUAAAGCUCCAGCUGGAUCAAUUGUGAAAUCAAUUGAUGCUUCAAAAGCUUUGGAAAUGGAAGACGUGGCCGGUUUCUUUCAAGCUUCUGAUAUUGAAGAGUUAGGUGGAAAGAACAGUUUUAUUGCACCACCUGUUUUACCAGAGGAAGAGUUAAUGUUUGUGCCUGUCAACGGCAAGGUGCAAUAUUAUUUCCAACCUGUUGGAAUUAUUGCCGCCAAGAGUCAAAAACUAGCUGAGUUGGCCGCGGAUAUGGUUCAAGUUGAAUAUGUCCAUCCUACAACUAGCCCGUUGCUAACCAUCAGAGACGUUUUGAAUAACAAUGAAACAUCUAGAAUUACUUCUGAACAUGUUAUUGUAGCCAAAUACCAAGAUUUGAACGCACCUAACACUUUAAAAGGUAGGUUUGAUGUAAGUUGGCAGUACCAUUACCACAUGGAAACCCAAUCGGUCCGUGUGGAACCCGAUGAAGAUGGAAAAUUCAAUAUUUAUCCAUCAACGCAAUGGAUGGAUUUGGUCCAGUCGGGAAUUUCCUACGCACUCAAUAUUCCUGCACAUAAACUAAAUAUUACAGUCAGACGUUGUGGAGGCGCUUAUGGUGCUAAGAUAUCAAGGAGCAACUGGACUGCAGCUGCAGCAACACUUGUCGCACUGAAACUCCAGAAACCAGUCAAGUUCUGGCUUCCGUUCCAUGUUAAUAUGAAUAUUGUAGGAUGUCGAAAUCCUACCGCAAAUGAUUACGAAGCCGGUUUUGAUGAGAAUGGUAAACUCACAUUCCUCAACCACAAAAUCUACCACGACACUGGAUUACAUAUCAAUGAUUUACCCAAUUUGUCUAUGAUGGAUCUGCUGGUGAGCACUUACAAUAGUGAUUCCAUGCAAGUUGACUACAACUAUGUACGCACUGAUAUGCACACUGCCGCUUGGACUAGAGCACCUGGGACCACUGAAGUUCUUGCUAUGCUGGAGACCGUCAUGGAACAUAUUAGUUAUGUACUUGGAAAAGAUCCAGUGGACGUGAGGAUUGCUAACUUGAAUGUUACUCAACACCCGCUGAUUGGCACACUAAUGACUGACUUUUUAAAAUGGUCAGAUUUUCGUGCAAGAAGAGCAGCAAUUGAAACAUUUAACACUGAAAACCGUUGGAGGAAACGUGGUAUUGCCCUAGUACCAUUGGUUUACCAGCUGGCGUUUUCUUUGAAUUUCCAAUGUCAAGUCUCAAUUUAUCAAGCGGACGGCACUGUUGCCAUUUCACACGGAGGAAUUGAAAUUGGGCAGGGAAUCAAUACAAAAGCAGUACAAGUGGUUGCUUACACGUUGGGCAUCGAUAUGAACUUGAUUUCGGUAAAUCCGUCCAAUAAUUUUACUGCUGCAAACUGUAAUACAACGGGAGGAAGUCAAACAAGCGAAGCAAUAUGCAUUGCUUUCCAAAAAGCAUGUGAGAUUCUAAAGAAACGCAUUGAUGAUGCUACUGCUGAGGCAAAUCUUCCAGCAGACACUCCUUGGCCUCAAAAGAUUCAGAAUUGUUUCACUAUGGGCGUGGAACUUAUUUCAAACCAAAUGUGGAUUGAUGAUCCAAAAGAUUCCAAAUCCUAUCCAAUUUAUGGUAUUGCAGCCACAGAAGUCGAAGUGGAUAUUCUUACAGGUAAUCUAAUUAUCCAACGUGCCGAUGUAUUGGAAGACGUUGGCGAUAGUAUGAGUCCCAUAAUUGACAUGGGACAGUGUGAGGGUGCUUACAUUAUGGGUUUGGGAUAUUGGACCAGCGAGGAAAUGAUUUUUGACCACGAUGGUCAGAAGAUGACUAACCGUACCUGGACGUACAAACCACCUGGUUGCAAAGAUAUUCCCGUUGAUUUUAGGGUCAAGUUCCCGGAUGGUGUGCCCAACCCGUUGAGUCCAUUCAAAACUAAAGCUACGGGUGAACCUCCACUUUGUUUAGCAUUCUCUGUUGCAUUAGCCAUUCGGCAUGCAAUUAGAACCGCCAGGACCCAAUCGGAUCCCAACGCAGACCCAUGGGUACCAAUUAAUGGACCCUGCACGGUGGAAUGGAAUUUCAUGAACAGUCUUAACGAUUACAAACAAUACAAGCUCUAAUUCAACCUGUUUUUAACAACAAAAUGUACACAUUGUAACUUCACAUAUAAAAGCAAUUGUAGCAAUUAAUAAUCCUAACAAUAAAAUUAAAAAUGCACCCGACAA